AUGUCCAUUAACGAUUCUCUCAAAGUUACCACAGGAGAGGCCCCAUUCGAUGUCCCAGCUGCUGGCGGAAAGCAGUGCAAGACAUGGUACAAAGUAUACGGCGACCUCAACGCUGGGAAACGGCCCCUGGUCACAUUGCAUGGCGGCCCAGGAGUCAACCAUGAGUACCUCACACCCCUCUCAGAUAUCACAGCCUCCCACUCCAUACCUGUGGUCUUCUACGAUCAGAUUGGCAACGGCCUGUCGACGCACCUUCCAGAAAAGAUGGGAGACGAGGCGUUCUGGACGGUGCAGCUCUUCAUCGACGAGCUCAACAACCUCCUCCAGCAUCUCGGCAUCGCCGACGACUUUGACCUCCUCGGCCAUUCCUGGGGAGGCAUUUUCGCCGCUAGCUAUGCAAUAACCCAGCCGAAAGGAUUGAAGCAUCUCAUCAUUGCCUCUGGGCCUGCGGAUAUGCCUGCUACAGUCAUAUCGCAAGAGAAGCUGAGAUCUCAGCUACCUCAGGAUGUCCAAGACACGUUGACCAAGCAUGAGGAGGCGGGGACGACAGAGAGUGACGAGUACAAGACGGCGAGCGACGUCUUCAAUGCCCGUUAUGUGUGCCGAAUGGAUCCCAUGCCUCAAGAGCUCGUAAAUGGCUUUGCCUGGAUCGCGAAAGAUCCUACGGUAUACAUGACUAUGAAUGGGCCGUCCGAGUUUAAGAUCCAGGGAUCGCUGAAGAACUAUUCCGUUGUUGAUCAAAUACACAAGAUCAACGUCCCAACUCUCCUGACGAACGGACGGUACGAUGAAGUCACUGAAGAGCUCGUCGCUCCUUUCUUUGAUAUUCUGCCCAAAGUGAAAUGGGUUGUUUUUGCGGACUCAUCUCACUUGGCUCAUUUUGAAGAGAGGGAAAGAUAUAUGGCAACAGUGACCUCUUUCUUGACCAAUUAA